GCGGUUUCGCAGCGCGCGGGGCUUGAAGAGAGAGAGAGAGAGAGAGAGAGAGAGCCGACGACGACCAGUGCGUAUCCGAGAGUUCUGCUGCUGUUUGUGUACGUACGCACAGGCACACGCACACUAUAGCGAUUCAGUGAUGACGUUCCGCGGUGUGUAGUAACCAUCGAAAUGCAGUGAGUUGUGUCGUGCCGAGAGACAUGAGAUUGUGCUUUACAUAGUCGCGGAGCAAUAAGAGCCAGUCAUACCUGGCGUCGGUUCGAAGUUGGAGCGUCGUUGCCAGCCUCGCCGGCGCAACAACAUCCUCGUCGUCGUCGUCGUCGUCGUCGUCGUCGUCAGUGGCCGCGACUGCUGGCCCAAGCGUCCGAGCAGCCAACCUGAUGGGAGUUUAUGAGGAGCGCGCCCCUCCUAACACCGGCAUGCACUGGCAGCCGGCGAGCACGCAGGAGCGCGGCAGUGGAUUAUCUCUGAGCUGCCAAGGAGGUGGCGGUGGUGCUGGAGGCAAUGGCGGCGGCACCGCGGGAGUAGUUGGUGGUCCGGAAGUCGCAGCCCGCGACCUAAGCCCAUGCCUACCAGCCGCGAUGGGUGAUGCGGCCAGGCCAACAACUCUCACGUCCUCGUCGUCCAGUCCAACGCCAACCAACCAGCAACAACAGCAGCAACAACCUACCAAUGUCAUACAUCAUCACGAACACACGCAUUGUGCUAAUAACAAUUGUUACGACGCUCCAACCCCGUAUGACUCCAGGGACUUUGGCUCGCCAGGAGAUGCAUCCGAAUACCGCAACAACAACUACGAGCAUCCGAACGACUUGAGCAUGCCAGCACACCACCAUCAUCACCAUCACCACCACCACCACCACCACCAUCAGCAAACGAUCUUGCAUCAUGCGACGGAUGGUUCAGUAUCGCAGCAGCAGCAGCAGCAGCAGCAGCAGCAGCAGCAGCAGCAAGAGUCGAUGCCAACAAUACCGAAGCUGGAGCCGCCGUCGACGCCACCGUCGUCGCAUCAAGAACACGAGCAGCACACAUCAGGCCCGAUCGUCGUAUGUGCCGGCUGCGGACUCAAAAUAUCGGAUAGGUUUUAUCUUCAGGCCGUCGAUAGGCGGUGGCAUGCUUCUUGCCUACAGUGCUCCCAUUGCAGACAAGGCUUGGACGGCGAGGUCACGUGUUUCAGCCGGGAUGGCAAUAUCUACUGCAAGAAGGACUACUACAGGAUGUUCGGGAGCAUGAAACGUUGCGCGCGUUGUCAAGCGGCGAUUCUCGCCUCGGAAUUGGUAAUGCGAGCACGAGAAUUAGUCUUUCACGUGCGUUGUUUCUCGUGUGCAGCAUGUUCGGUACCAUUGACCAAAGGUGAUCACUUUGGCAUGAGAGACGGCGCGGUACUUUGCCGCAUGCAUUACGAGAUGGGUGGUGGCAAUGGCGGCGCCGGUGCUGGCGGUGAACCUCAAAGUCCACCGUGCCAAGUUUAUCCAGCUGGACCACACUAUCAAACGCAAAGCUUUCCAUCGCCUGAAUUUCAUAUGCAUCAUUUGCAACCACCACCACCAAGACCUGCGCAAUCGAGUCCAGUGCCAGUCGUGACGAAUGUCGUCGAACCAUCUGUCGUAGUGGGUUCGCCACCGAAAAUGGUUACGCCGUAUUUCAAUGGUGCUUCACCGGUUAAUGUUGCACCUGCACCAAGACAGAAAGGCAGACCGAGGAAAAGGAAACCUAAGGAUCUUGAGGCUAUGGCUAGUAGCCUUGGUGAGUCGUAUCUGAACGCUGACUACAUCGACAUGCCGUUCGGACGCGGUGGUCCAGGCACCCCAGGCAUGCCCGGCUCCAACAGUCGAACAAAGAGGAUGCGCACGAGUUUCAAGCAUCACCAGCUCAGGACCAUGAAGAGUUACUUCGCGAUCAAUCACAACCCCGAUGCCAAGGAUCUCAAGCAACUGUCGCAGAAAACUGGUCUGCCCAAGAGAGUGCUGCAGGUCUGGUUCCAAAAUGCUCGAGCAAAGUGGCGACGCAUGGUACUAAAGCAAGAAGGCAAAUCCGACAAAUGUGGUCCUGGAGGCGGUUUAGGUCCAAGCGGCAUGGACUCGUCAGGUCUAAGUGAAUUGGAACUCUAUGGCGGUGGAUCUGGUGGUGGUGGUGGCCCACCUAUGAGUCCACCAUUUGGUGUUCUUGGCGGUCCUCAUAGUCCCUCGUCACUUGGUUCACUCGACUGCGCGUGAUCGAGAACCGUUUGAUCCUAAAAAGGCAAAAUACUGUUGCUCUCUUUUCUUUAAUUAGCGGCUGAUUUAGAUAUACUUUUUGGCCGUCAGCUGAGUUGUGAUAAACGGAUGUUGUUACUUUUUUUAUGUCGAUCAAAAUUAUCAAUUGCUUCGGUUGUGUAUGACGUGUGUUAUUUCUGAUUUGCAUGAGAAAUCUGAGAAAAGUGAUUAGACUAUUUUUUUUAUUUGAAAUAUCGAUAUGCCCUGACAUCACGUGAUCGUUGCGCGAAACGAAUCAUUGUAUAAAAAAAGCUAACCUUGAGGCAUUGUACUAUAUAUAAUAAAUACAUACAAGCACACACACACACACACACACACAAUUGUAUUUGAAGUAUGCGAACGAUGUCGAGUGUAUUUAUUACUUAUUAGCGAAGAAUGUACAGUUGAUGAUGCGACAUCCAGUAUGGACAAACAAAAAAAAGUAAACCUGAUGUAUAUACUGGGUAAGUUCAAGAAUUGAAGAACCUCCCAUUUUUACCGUCUCAAAGAGACUGAGAACAAAAACAAAUACGUUGAAUUUUAAGGUUUAUAAGAGAGCGACGAAAAUACCCAGUGAAAUUUAUUAAUUUGUAGAUUUAUUCUCAAGUGACACUAUAUAAAUAUAUAUUUAUGAUCGGUCACUCGUGAAUGUCGUUAGGUAAUUAUUAAUAAAUAAUCGAUCGACUAUUCAAUAGCAAAUUAUCUUUUUAAUUCUAUAUCUAUGAUUACCUAAGGACAUUUACGACUACCGCACUGCGUGUACAUAGUAAAAAAACAAUAAAGUAAUACAACUAAUUGAUUAUAGAAAAUAAAACACUUUUAGGAAUAGGGUGAGAAGACGGAGGUGAAGAAAUAAUAACGUUCCUCUUGACUGUCGGUCAUCGUGUUAGUUUUUUUUAAAAUUUUUUUCUCAGCGUGGCCGAAUGUUAGGGAUUUAGCGAUAUUCUCGUUCUAGUGAAGGUAAACCCUUGCAAUUUAAGUUUUAAUUGUUAAUAACCCCCUCAACGUCCUAUUCCAUGUCUCCAUGUAAAGAAAUGUAAAAACGCAAACGACAGUUGUUUUACCGUUUUUCAUCGCCGCCAAGAAAAAGAAUUUUUUGCUCACAGAAUAAUAUGUUUCUUCUCUCGUAUUCUACUUUUUACUUUUCGUCAAA